CGUGCCUGCGUGCGUACGUGUGUACGUGCAUGCGUUCACCCUGGAAAUCAGGGGCGUCAGCGCUUGUGGGCGCGGCCACGUGUCACCGGUCCCGGUUCCCCGAGGCGGACGACCGUCCUCCCCGGUGGCCGCAGCCGGGCCGUCCGAGCGCUCCCGCGACUCGCCCCGCCCGCAAGGAGCCAGGACCCACCGCGCCCGCGGACGGUACUUCGGGGCGGGAGUUUCCCGGGCUCUGCGCUGGGGAGCGCGCGCGGGGCGGCCGAGGCCGCACCUUCCUGUCCCCUCCGCCGCCACCGUCCCCGCCCGCCAUCCUUCCACGUGUGUGUCCCGCGAUGCGCUGGUCCACACGCACCAGCCGCCCGCAGUCCUGCCGCCCCCCCCCGCCUCCCGCGGGCACCCCGCCACCCCUACCCCCGCCUCCCUGCCCUGCGGGGCUCAGCUGCUUGUCCGCGGCUCCCCUCCCGGUGGGGCCCUCCCAGGAGUCCAUUGAGGGGCACGGACUGUGGGGCUCUCCAUAUCCUUCCCACGUGGCCGUGUGAGGAGAAGUGUCGUUUUUUCCUGUUGGAUGCGGGAGCUGCUGGGCUGUAAGAUCCCCGUCACUCCUGUGGGAUGGGCUUCUGUGCUGCAGGCUGAGGCAUUCGUGGGGUCCCGGACCCGGCCGGGCGGGGGCAGGGCCAUUGCUUUGAUGAGCAGAACCAACCCCGAGGGAGCCGGAACGUGUGUUUCUCAUCGGUUGGGCCCUCCUGGGUCCUGGUAGUCUCCGGUCCCCGCCGAGGAGAAGACCGUUGUGGUUCCUUGGCCAGCAUUGCUGUCUUGUGGCUGAUGACUUUUCUCCUUGUCCCUCUGGUUCUCGUGCAGGUGAAGACGCCCAGACAAGUGGAAGAGUGUUUUCUCCUCUGGCCGCCAAGCAGGCACUCUCUGCGUGGAGAGCCGCGUGAGGCCCCGGGAGCUGCGGGAGAUGAAGUUCGGCUGCCUGUCCUUCCGGCAGCCUCAUGCGGGUUUCGUCUUGAACGGGGUGAAGACCCUGGAGACGCGGUGGCGGCCCGUGCUGAGCGGCCAGCGGCACCGCACCCUGGCCGUGCACAUCGCGCACAGGGACUGGGAGGACGCGGCCUGGAGGGAGCUGCUGGCCGAGAGACUGGGGCUGAGCCCCGAGCAGAUCCAGGCCUUGCUGCGGGACGGGGAGAAGUUCGGCCGCGGAGUGAUAGCCGGGCUGGUCGACAUUGGGGACACUUUCCCGUGCCCAGAAAACCUAGGCCCCAGCGAGGUUGCGGAGCUGGAAAAUCGAGCCCUGCUGCCCAACCUGCGGCACAAGUACCUGACUGCGCUCGCCAACCCCCGCUGGCUGCUGCAGCCCGUCCCCGGGAGAGGCGGGAAGGACGUCUUCCAGGUGGACAUCCCCGAGCACCUGAUCCCCUUUGGGCAGGACGCCUGACCAGACUGGGCUCUCGGGGGGACGGCGACCGAGAGGCCAGCUCAGCGUGCCGCCGCCCGCUCGCCUUCACGCCCUGCACGUGCACGUCUGGCUCGGUCUCCGUCGGCCCUGCCCCGGGGAGCGCUGCCCGCUCCGUGCUGUUCGCAGAAGCAGGCGUGCCCGCCUGG